AUGUCUGACGAAGAACAACAUACUUUCGAAACCGCCGACGCCGGUUCCUCUUUAACCUACCCAAUGCAAUGUUCCGCUUUGAGAAAGAGUGGUUUCGUCGUCAUCAAGGGCAGACCAUGUAAGAUUAUCGAUAUGUCCACCUCCAAGACCGGUAAGCACGGUCACGCCAAAGUCCAUUUGGUCGCCACCGAUAUCUUCACCGGCAAAAAGUUGGAAGACUUGUCUCCUUCCACUCACAACAUGGAGUGUCCAUUCGUCAAGAGAACCGAAUUCCAGUUGUUAGACAUCGACGACGGUUUCUUAUCCUUGAUGACCAUGGAAGGUGACACCAAGGACGACGUCAAGUUGCCAGAGGGUGAAUUGGGUGACAAAAUCCAAGCUGCCUUCGACGAAGGUAAGGACUUGAUGGUCACUGUCAUCUCCGCCAUGGAAGAAGAAGCCGCCAUCUCUUUCAAGGAGUCCGCCGGUGCUGCUUAA